GAAAAUCAACCUCCAUUGAAUAUGAAUAACCUGAAACAAAAAGAAAUAUUUGACAGCUUCCCUCCACAUGACCUCUGCUCAGAGGAAAAUCAACCUCCAUUGAAUAUGAAUAACCUGAAACAAAAAGAAAUAUUUGACAGCUUCCCUCCACAUGACCUCUGCUCAGAGGAAAAUCAACCUCCAUUGAAUAUGAAUAACCUGAAACAAAAAGAAAUAUUUGACAGCUUCCCUCCACAUGACCUCUGCUCAGAGGAAAAUCAACCUCCAUUGAAUAUGAAUAACCUGAAACAAAAAGAAAUAUUUGACAGCUUCCCUCCACAUGACCUCUGCUCAGAGGAAAAUCAACCUCCAUUGAAUAUGAAUAACCUGAAACAAAAAGAAAUAUUUGACAGCUUCCCUCCACAUGACCUCUGCUCAGAGGAAAAUCAACCUCCAUUGAAUAUGAAUAACCUGAAACAAAAAGAAAUAUUUGACAGCUUCCCUCCACAUGACCUCUGCUCAGAGGAAAAUCAACCUCCAUUGAAUAUGAAUAACCUGAAACAAAAAGAAAUAUUUGACAGCUUCCCUCCACAUGACCUCUGCUCAGAG